ACUGACAAAACGAGAAGCCACAAAACAAAAAAAGCGGUCGUCAUGGCAGUAGUCUGUUCGACGUCAGCAGGCCUUCUCUGACGUAACAUCCGUUAGAGCCGUUUGCAUUUCGCGCACGAACUGAAGUGUCGGCGAGCACUUGCUGAAACACCAGAGUCAAAGAAAGUCUCACACUGAGCUGGCAGCCAUGGCCAACCAAUCACUAGAUAUCAUAACGAAGGUUCUGGAGCAGUCAGCCAAGCUGGUGGAGGAGAAGGUGGACGCACAGCUGAGCAAACUGAAUGAAAUGGAUGAGGAUGACUUGGAAAGACUGAAGGAGAGGCGAUUGGAGGCACUCAAAAAAUCCCAGAAACAGAAGCAGGAGUGGUUGUCUAAAGGCCACGGAGAGUACAGAGAAAUCUCAAGCGAGAAAGACUUUUUCGGUGAGGUCAAGGACAGCAAGAAUGUGGUCUGCCACUUCUACAGAAAUUCCACCUUCAGAUGUAAGAUCCUCGACAAACACUUGACCAUCUUGGCAAAGAAGCACGUUGAGACCAAGUUCAUCAAACUGAACGUGGAAAAGGCUCCAUUUCUGACAGAGAGGCUGCGGAUCAAGGUUAUCCCUACGCUGGCUCUGCUAUUAGAUGGAAAAACAAAGGACUAUGUGGUGGGAUUCUCUGACCUGGGAAACACAGACGAGUUCCCCACAGAGAUGCUUGAAUGGAGACUCGGCUGUGCGGAUGUUAUAAACUACAGUGGUAACCUGAUGGAACCUCCUACAGUGUCGCAGAGAACGAGCACAAAGUUCACAAAGGUGGAGAAGAAAACCAUCAGAGGUCGAGGCUACGACUCAGAUUCUGAUUCUGAAGAUGACUGAAAAACACCGUCAUCUGGUUUUCUCUCUCAGGGCUACCUCGUUUAAUCAAAGUCUAGCAGACAGCCCGCUUUUCAUUUUUGUUCUCCUCUCUCAGUGACUUAUCCUUUCAUUACAGAUUUCCAUAUUUUAACGUUCCAUAUCAAAAAUCCAAAACCUUAGUCUGAGCCUUAUUUAAAGAAUAUUCUGCCAUGUUUCAUGAACCACCAAUCAUAUAUCAGCUAGCUCUUAACUUUAUUAAAAUCUUGUUGAUUAUGUGUCUGUGUUAGUUAAACCCUCAGAACGUUGCCUUGAAUUACACUCGUGCUCAUUUAGGUCACUCUGUUUAUUUCAUUCAUUUCCUUGUAACCCUGGAGUCUGUUGUGCGAACAGAAAACAUGAUGCAUGAGUGCCAAGAUCACGAUUUUGCAUCAAAAAGAAUACAUUUUUACAUGACAUUUCCUUGUAGCAAGAGUUUGACUUGACUAAUGCAAAGUUAAUAAAAAGAAGAAAAAUA